AUGGCACUACAUGGAGAUUCUUCCGGGAAGUUCGACAUCAAGUCUCCGGCGGACAAGUUCUUUAGAUCUUUCACCGACGACAUAAACAGCACUUUUGACAUAAUAUCGAAGGAGAAGAUCACCGAGUGGGUGGGUUGGGAGAAAAGAACAGUGAAGCUGAGUAUGAGUGGUAAUCUAAUCUCCGAUAGCUACAAGACGUUCAAAGCAACCAUCGCGGUCACUCCUAAGAAAGACGAGGCCGACGGUAGUCACGUGGUGUGGACCGUCGAGUUCGAGAAGAUUCGCCGUGACGUCGAAGAUCCAGUCUGGAUCAUCAGCAUUCUUAUCAAUUACUUGAAGGAGACCGAUGAAAAUCUUAUUAAUAUAUAG